AUGACCACCUUCACUGGUCUUGGCGUGUCAGGUUCAUCUUCACCUCUGGAUCUCGAUCGUUUCCCCUCCGAUAUCAUCUAUCAUCUGUUCCUCACAUUCGACGACCUCCCACAACCCACUUUGUUUAGUCUCAUACGAUGCUCUUGGGAGAUGUACAAUCGUUUCGCACCGGUGCUCUACCGCUCCAUCGACCUCCAGAAGAAUAACGCUAGAAGUGUUUUCAGUGGUUUAGACAAGGCUGGCGGUCAAAACGACAGGCCCCAACAUGGAAGAAAGAUAGACAUGCUAGGUUGUACUCGAGAACUCAUCAUCAAUGAUCUUCCUUCUGCCGAGUAUCUUUCUCGAGCACUCACAUCACGCCAACUGUCCCCUACUGCUUCACCUAAUCCUUACUUCCCCAACCUCACCCCAUCACUCUUCCAAUCGCUGCACACUCUAGUCCUAUCUUCCAAAGCCAUUAUGGGUCUAGCCGAUCUAUACAAUUCCUGUUCAUGGGGUUCUUCACCAUUCAACAUUCCUUCUCAACCUAUUCUUCGUUCUCUCAAAUAUCACCUAAAACCCAAGGAAGUUAUCCUUGAUUAUCCUCAAGGCGUGAUAGGACUACACAUGCACUCGUGUAUCGAAGAAGUCAUAUCGUACAUCUCUCAAGGAUGGGAUUUGGACACGCUCACAUGGACGAAUUUAAACAGAUCAAUGGUCGGUCCGAUACCUAAAUCCAGAAAGUUGAUCUAUCGAUUUAAGGAAUGUACAGAUCCUACGAAAUGCUCUCCUACGCUUAAAGGUUGUCCGGAACAUUAUGAUCAUGUUUCCCUUAGCUGUAGUACAUUCAUCGAUCAUAUACAUACCUUACCCUUCUCUUCACCAGAUGAAGCUCAAAAGGGAGUAAAUUUGGAAUUAGAGGGGCUUGGAUGUAUGUUUUCGUUGGAGUGGGAGAGGGUGGUUGAGGAAGUUUGGAGUAGGAUGGGUAGGGUGGAGGAAGGUGAUUGGGAGAAGAUGGAUAGAUGGUAUAGAGCGAAAGUCACUCUGACCGCUUAG